UGAACCACAACAAAUAAAAAUCUUCUCUUUUAGAACAAAAAACAGUCUUCUGGACCAUCAAUUUUCUUUGCAAAAAAGCUAUCCACAGCUCUUACUGCUCACAUCUGUCACCAUCUUCACACAGCUGUCCAUCAAGUUCUAUAUCUAGAUGAAGUGAAGUUGUUUCUGAGGUAUUGUGACUUGGGUCUUUGGGCUUUUGAUGCUUUUUUUUUAUGUUGUCCUUAUUAUCAGUAGCAUAAAAGUUACAACUUUUGUGGACUCUCAAAGUUUGUGUCAAGAAGCUGAAGUGGGGAUGGAAAGCAGUGGUUAUGUGUUGAGGGUAGAGAGAGAAAAAGAAAAUUAAAGUUGGUGUGUUUUGACGCGUGUGAGUGUGAUUUUAGGUUUUGUUUGUAAUCUUCAGGACAAUCUGUUGUGUAAUUGUAUAGGAUUCUGUGGAGAAAGGAGGUUCUGCUGGAUUCCUAUUUGAAUUGAUUUUUUAGGUCAAGAAAAACAGUGAUAAGUUUGAAUUCUGGUUAGAUUUUGGAAUAAAUUCAUUGAGUUGAAUUGGGUUUUGAAUGAUUGAAUAGAAUCCAUAUGUUGAUUUUACCCAAUCAUGCACUUUUGGUGAAAUAAUUUAUAAAGAAGUUCAGAUACUGAAAUAAGAGCAUUGAAUUGGGAUUUGAAUGAUUGAAUAGAACACAUAUGUUGGUUUUACCCAAUCAUGAACUUUUGGUGGCACACUGUAUAAAGAAGUUCAUAUAUUGAAGGUAGAGCUUUUUCAGGUUUUCCGGGGUUGUUGAUAUUGUGACUAAAGGAAGAAGAUGCAGAGGGUACGAGUUUCGGCACAGCAAGCACCAGUGCACAAACUAGGGGAUUCCCAAAUGACAUUGUCCCCAAAGUUUAGGUUAGCAGCGAUCCAAUCUUCUCUGUUGGAUCUAUCUUUAGAGUUUGAAUUAUCUCUAAGAGUGAGAGGAGAGCCCUUAAUUCCUGGUCUGCCUGAUGAUAUUGCCCUCAAUUGCCUCCUCCGGCUUCCUGUCGUGAGCCAUGCCGCUUGCAGAGCGGUCUGCAAGCGUUGGUAUCACUUGCUUAGUAGUAAGGAGCGAUUUUUCACUCGGAGAAAGGAACUAAAGUUAUUUGAUCCUUGGCUCUUCGUGUUUGCCUUCCACAAAUGUACAGGAAAGAUUCAGUGGCACGUUCUUGACCUUAUUCAUUUUUCUUGGCAUACUAUCCCCGCAAUGCCGUGCAAGGACAAGGUUUGCCCCCAUGGAUUUAGGUGUGUUUCGAUCCCACAUGAUGGUGCUCUCUUUGUGUGUGGCGGCGUAGUCUCUGACGUUGAUUGCCCACUCAACUUGGUGUUGAAAUAUGAAAUGCAGAAGAACCGUUGGACUGUAAUGAAAAAGAUGAACAUGGCACGGUCAUUUUUUGCAAGUGGCGUAAUUGACGGGAUGAUUUAUGUGGCUGGAGGAAACAGUACGGAUCUCUUUGAGCUUGACUCAGCUGAAGUCCUGGACCCCACUAUGGAUACUUGGCGCCCAAUUGCGAGCAUGGGAACAAACAUGGCCUCAUAUGACGCAGCAGUUCUGAAUGGGAAGCUCCUUGUGACCGAAGGCUGGUUUUGGCCCUUUUAUGUUCUACCCCGGGGUCAGGUGUAUGACCCGGGAACUGAUAAUUGGGAAUGUAUGCCUAUUGGGCUGAGAGAAGGCUGGACUGGUUCGAGUAUUGUAAUUUUUGGGCAAUUGUUUGUGGUCUCAGAGCAUGAAAGGACAAAACUUAAGUUUUACGAUACUGAUACUGAUUCGUGGGAUAGUGUUGAAGGACCUCCUUUACCGGAGCAGAUAUGCAAACCUUUCUCAGUGAAUUGCUCUGAUACCAGGAUCUUUGUUGUGGGUCGUAAUCUUCAUGUUGCCGUGGGUCAUAUCUCUAGGCUGAAUUCAAUCAGCACUUCUGAGAAAAAGUUGAGCUUCUCAGUUCAAUGGCAAGUGGUGGAUGCACCGGAGGCCUUCACCGACUUGACACCCUCAAGCGCACAGGUUCUAUUUGCUUAACUCUUCGGUUUUCUUCUAUGUCGUGUUUCGUUUGUUGUUUCUUUGAUUUGAUUAUAUACGGGAGUGUUACUUUGUAGAGUGGUGAUAGAUGUGUGAAAAAAAAGCUUUUAAUGUUAUGGGAUAUCAGGUGUACUAGUAAUAUUUUGUUUAACUAUAUAGAUCUUUUGUUUGUAUUUUAUUUUGCAUUCCUCAAUUUGCGGGGACAACACUAAUUAUCUUUAUUUAACGCUCCACUGGUAGUCAGUUAUGGAAGGAAACCUUCAAUAA